CUCUCUGAAAAAUUUCUCCCACCAUCGUCAAUUUUCGAGCGGGAAAGAAAAAUUGGAAUACGAAAACCCUAACUUUGGAUUUGGCUUACAGUUGAAAGACAACACUAAACGUCCUUAAGAUGAUAACCAGUCGUAGCAAAUAUCCGAAGGGGUGGGAGAUUAUUGAGCAUAAGCUGCGUGAUAUAGAGACAGAAUUGAGAAAAGUUGAAUAUGACCCAUAUAAUGUGAACAGAAAUUCUGAAGCAUUACGGCCCAGUUUUAGUCUUGCACAUCUGAGGAGUCGAUAUAUUUAUGAUCUAUACAGAAAGAAGCAGAUCUCCAGGGAGUUGUAUGAGUUUUGCUUGGACCAUGGGUAUGCUGAUCGGUAUCUAAUUGCCAAGUGGAAGGAGAGCCGACCACCAAAGGUACCUCAGAAUGAAGUUUUCAGCAUUCCUACUAUAGGUACAAAACGAUCCUUGAACUGGCAAAGCCAACAGCCCGCUAAAAGCACACACGGAAGUUUCUUGCAAGAUUUUGUUGAUGUGUGGGCAGGGAUGGAAGCAGAAAGAGUAACUGAAACAAAAAAGGAAAACAAAAAACUCAGAGUGCAAGAAGAGAACGAACACAUAGCCCAAGAAGAAAAUAAGCGAAGCUUUUAUGGAGAUCACUUGCAAAAAGACAUAGAAGCAGACAAGCCAGCACUUGCAGAAGCAAUCAAAUCUGCAAACGAAAAACUGGAAUUAGCUUUACAGAAACGCCGAAGGGCCCAAAAACUGAUGGAAUAUGCAGACUUGGCAACAGAGUGGGCAACCAUGGCACUGAAGAUUGCUGAAGCUUUUCAAAGUUCAGGGUCUUCAGAGCUUGCUGCUUCAUCCUAUCUUGACGACGAAUUUCAAACAAUCGGUAGGUAAUAUUGGUGUUUGAUUAGAUACCUUUUAAUAUAUCAUAUAUGUAGAGUGUUUAUAUAUUGACGACACCAAUAUUUGUGAAUAAAAAGCAAAACAGAAAACUGAAAGAAAAUGUAGAAACACUUAUUAGAGCUCUUAAGGUUUUGGUUUUAGACUU